CCGGCUCACACAGCCCGUCUCCUCGCUGGGCUGUGAGGCGGCGCCUGGGAUGCGGAAGCCUUUGGCUGUGUGCUAGACGCGUAGUGCGAGCGGGAGAAGGGAGGGUCUGUCUGAAGCAAGCCCCAGGAUGGCCCUGGGUGUCGGUGGCUUUGUGGUGGGGCGCCGGGGGUGGUUGAAGGCUUAAAAGGGAAGGGGGGCAGGGGGUUCCCCUGUCCCGAGCAGAGCUGGAUGGGGGGGCCCUUGCCACAAUGGAGGGGGUGCUGUACAAGUGGACCAACUAUCUGAGCGGCUGGCAGCCUCGAUGGUUUCUUCUCUGUGGUGGUAUCUUGUCAUAUUACGACUCUCGGGAAGAUGCCUGGAAGGGUUGUAAGGGAAGCAUCCAAAUGGCCGUGUGUGAAAUUCAAGUUCACCAUGCAGAUAGUACUCGGAUGGAUCUGAUUAUUCCUGGAGAACAGUACUUCUACCUGAAAGCCAGAAGCACAGCUGAGAGGCAAAAAUGGCUGGUUGCACUUGGAACUGCCAAGGCCUGCCUGACAGACAGUAGGGCGCAGAAGGAAAAAGGAAUUUUGCAACUAGGAAUGAUAAAAUCUGUACUUGAGCUAAAGUGUCCAAACCUGGGCAGGAGGCUUUUAGCACCUCUGAAAAUCAGCCUUAUCAGAGAUGUAGGACCUUGACCCUAACUCUGACUUUGACAUUUUGAUCUUGGUUCAUUUUAAAUUAUG